CCACGAUGCCAUCCCCCGCGAAGUUCACCAUGAAGGACACGCUUAUACCCUCAAAUGACUCCGUAUGCCUUCCCACGGUGAAAUCGCAGCUAGGUGAGUAGAAUCAGGUAUAUGGGUUCUCAGGCUCUGAUUUUUGAGUCUCCGUCUGUAAUGCGGAGUAAGAUCUCUCUCUUUUUGCUCGCUUUCGCGUGCGCAUCAUUCUUUGUGCACACCACAAAACUCUCCUUUGAUUACGUUACAACCGUGUUCGCUCCCGAUGACCCCCAAAAAUUGGACAAAAGUUAUGAAGACGGAAUAGCUCUUCGUGAGCUGAUACACACAUAGAGGUUGUUACGUGUGUAUUCAGUGGAUCUCCGAAUGACUUGAUCACCUGCUGCGCUGAUCCAUGGGAACGUAAGACACGCAACAGGGACUG